GUUGAGGAGCAGCCCAAGCAGGAUGGGCGCCUACAAGUAUUUGGAGGAGCUCUGGAAGCGCAAGCAGAGCGAUGUCCUCCGUUUCCUCCUGCGUGUGCGGUGCUGGGAAUACCGUCAGCUUCCCGGCAUCGUUCGAUUGACAGGCCCUUCACGCCCUGACAAGGCUCGUCGCCUUGGAUACAAGGCCAAGCAGGGAUUUGUUGUCUACCGCGUCAGAGUGCGCCGUGGUGGCCGCAAGAAGCCCGUGCACAAGGGUAUUGUGUACGGCAAGCCUGUGAACCAGGGCAUUACACAGCUGAAGCCCACCAGGAAUCUGCGCAGCGUGGCAGAGGAGCGCGCCGGGCGCAAACUGGGUGGCCUGCGUGUCCUCAACUCCUACUGGGUGAACCAGGACUCCACCUACAAGUACUUUGAGAUCAUCCUGGUGGACAUCGCACACAAGGUCGUCCGUGAGGACCCGAGGGUCAACUGGAUCGUUGACCCAGUGCACAAGCACCGCGAGCUGCGCGGCCUGACCAGCGCUGGCAAGAAGUUCCGCGGCCUGCGCCACAAGGGCCACGCCACCAACAAGCUGCGCCCUUCAAGGCGGGCUACCUGGAAGCGCAACAACCGCAUCUCACUCAAACGGUACCGGUAGACUGCCUGUCGUGGGGUUGACGAGUGCUUCUGGUACAUUUUCAAGUUGGCUCUGCCUGCUUUACUUGGCUGUCAGAUGUACUUCUUUGCCCGCAAGACAUAGGAGAGCCCAUCUUUUAUGAGCAAAAGUGUCCGCAAAUCUGCUUGAUUGGACUCUAGCAGUGUUGACUGGUCUGAGGCAGCUUUUCUGACAAGAAUGUAAUAUAAGUCCACUUUCAUGGAUGC